AGCUGUCUGUCUUUCAGGAAUUAAGAUAUUCUGAAUAGUACUUUGAGAGUUUAACGAGAUCACAGUGGGCUCAUCUCCGCUACGGAAUGGACAUAUGUUGUAGUAGCUCUGUGUGUGAAGGUAACGGUACUGGAAAUAUGACCUUGCGAUAACGGCAGCCACGGACAGCGGGUCGGGCUUGGUUAGAGGUCUGUUACAGGACUUUAUGGUGUGGGCUAAUGGCGCAGGUGAAUGAAGCCUCUUGAAAUAAAGUCACACGUUCGAUUGACUGGCACAAGCAACACUUCUGCUCUGCGCAUGCAUUUAUGGAUCGCUAUCAUGGACUUUCGCUUGACAUUUGCCCCUGUAGGCAAAUUGAGGUAGCCGUAUAGUUGCCUCCAACAGAACCUGUGACCUUUCUCCGUUUUUGAAUGCCUUGUUUUACACUUUUUUACGUUGACAAUGUUUCUAUCUCGAGCUCUGGUAACGUUGGUGCUACUUGAGACUGUAACAUUUCGCGGUACUCAAUCAAAUACGUUACCUAGUAACCGUUUAGGAUUGCUGGACGAUGCCGAUUUGCAGGAAUAUCUGCUGGCGGAAAGUCAUAUGAACUCAAAAAAGACAGAGAUGGAGAAGCCACAAGAGAAGCUGUCUCCUUUGAACACAACAACAGUAUCGUCUCACUCCUCACUUAUAAGUCCAGAGCACCACCAUGGUAGUAGGCACGGCAAGCCACUGGAGAGGACCAGGCCCUUUGUCGUAGUGGACGGACACAAGAGAAGUCUGAGUGAGGCCUUGCAGAACGGUCACCCAGACAAGCUACAGUGUGGUCUUCAAUUUGGAGGCAGCAUCUAUCUUUUGGACCUGGAGAAAAACCAUGAUCUCCUGCCCAAGCCCCCCAAUGUCUUCUACUACCUCCCUAAUGGCACUGGGGUUUCUUUAGAGGAGAGCACAGUGACUCACUGCUACUACCACGGCUCAGUGAGGGGCUUCCCACAGUCCAGGGUGGCUCUCAGUACCUGCUCUGGACUCAGGGGUGUGGUGGCUAUCAACUCCACCCUGAGCUUUGAGCUGCAGCCUGAGGAAGACCACGAGGAGGGGGCAGAGGAGAGUGGAGGGGAGGAGGAGGAGGGGAUGCACCUGCUUUACUUCACCAGACCUCUGGAGAGGGGUAAUGUUGGGGGCUGUGGGGUGUCCCAUACACCUGUACCCCCCAUCCACAUCCCACCACAAGUCCCACACAGGAGUAAAAGGGACAUUCUCUCAGAGACCAAGUACAUAGAGCUUGUGCUUGUAGCUGAUCACGAAGAGUACCUUAACUACCAGAAAAUCAACAAGACUAUCAUCUAUCGAAUGCUGGAUGUGGCCAACCAAGUAGACUGGUUCUACCGGCCGCUGAGUGUGCGUGUGGCUCUAACUGGGCUGGAGAUCUGGAGUGACCAGGAUAAGAUCCAGGUUGACAAGAGUCCUUCAGACACCCUCAACCGCUUCCUAGAGUGGCGCACCAGAGAGCUGCUGCCCCGCCUGCGCCACGACAAUGCUCAGCUCAUUAUGGGGGAGUCAUUUGAUGGAACUACAGUGGGAAUGGCAUCUCAGUCUUCCAUGUGCUCCAAGGACCGGUCAGGAGGGGUCAAUGUGGAUCACCUGGUCAGUGUACUGGGGGUGGCGUCCACCAUUGCCCAUGAGCUCGGGCACAAUCUGGGCAUGAAUCAUGACACGGCCGACCGGCGCUGCCAGUGUCAGAACGAGCCACGCCUGGGAGGCUGCAUCAUGGAGCCAUCUACUGGGUUCAUGCCAGGCCAGCUGUUCAGCAGCUGCAGUGCCAGAGACCUGUCCCUCAGCCUGCUCCAUGGUGGGGGGAUGUGCCUCUUCAACAUGCCCCAGCCUGAGAAACUGCUGGGGGGGCCACGCUGUGGAAACCUCUACGUGGAGAAGGGAGAGGAGUGUGACUGCGGCCUGCUGGAUGAGUGUAACGAUCCCUGCUGCAACGCCACCACCUGUAAACUGGUUCCUGGGGCCCAGUGUUCCUCCGAUGGCAUCUGUUGUGACAACUGCAAGCUGCGUUCAGGUGGAUGGAUGUGUCGGCAGCCCCUGGGGGAGUGUGACCUCCCAGAGCACUGCACCGGUACCUCUCCCUACUGCCCCCCCAACGUGUUCCUGCAGAACGGCGAGCCCUGCGAGGAAGGCUCCUCCUACUGCUACAGCGGUGUCUGCGCCAGCUUCAACACACAGUGCCAGAUGUUGUGGGGACCUAAUUCCACAAGGGCUCCGCCUGUCUGCUUUUCCUCCGUCAACAAACAGGGCAACAAAUACGGCAACUGUGGCCAGAUGCCAAACGGAACCUACAUCCCCUGCCCUAGCAAAGAUGUGCAUUGUGGGAGGCUCCAGUGCCAGGGAGGCAACGACCGUCCGUUGCUAGGCACCAGCGCUGAGAUCCUGACCACCAAAGUAAAAUUUAACUACAGCGACUUUGUCUGCCGUGGAACCUACUUCCACCUUGGCGACGACGUCUCCGACCCUGCUAUGGUGGCACAGGGCACCGCGUGUGGUCUUGGCAAGGCCUGUUGGAACCAGCGGUGUCAGGAUGUGUCUUUGUUCGGCGUCGACGAUUGUCAGAGCAAAUGCAACGGACACGGGGUGUGCAACAGCAAUAAGAACUGCCACUGUGAUGUGGGUUGGGCUCCUCCAGACUGUAGGUACACGGGCCAUGGAGGCAGUGUGGACAGUGGCCCUGCAAGAGCACCUAGAGGAUCUGACCCGGCACGUGUGGCCUUGCUGGUCAUCUUCCUCUUCGUCCUGCCAGUGGUUCUCCUCUUCCUCGCCCUGCGUUUCCCCCGGUGUCACCGCAACCUGCCCUGCCUGGGCACUACCAGCCUCUUCCACAAGGGCACCGGACGCCAACAGAGCCGGACCCCGGCCACAGAGCGAGUGGAUGCUCGUAACGGGGAGCAGGUCCAACCACUGAGGUACCACUGGAGCCGCCAGAGUGACAUCCAAAUGACCCCGUCUCCGCCUUCUAACAAGGUUCAGGACAGACCUGCUCCGCCUACUAAGCCACUCCCCCCUGACCCUGUCUUAAAACAAGCCCAGCCAUCGUUGAGUCGGCCGGCUCCUCCCACCAAGCCUCUACCCCCUGACCCUGUGCUAACAGGCAGCCAGGCCCUUGUACCACCCAAAAAACCACCAGCACCCAGGAAGUCCUUGCCUUCAGAGCCCCCGUCACAUCCCACCCACCCUGGGUACAUUGCAUCUGGUGCCCCCCUGCAACAUGGAGCAAGUAGAACUUCAGUUCCACCUGUUGGCCCUCCUGUUGCAGCCGUCCCUUCCAGACUUGCCCCUUUACCUCCAGUACGGACGUCACAACCCAGAAAACCCAACUCGACACCUCCGGUUUAACUGACAAAGAUCCACAAAACCUCUGAGAUUCUCUUAAACCGGACCUGACAGCAUGAAUUGCACUGAUUCAGCCAAGAGUUUUAUUAUGGAGAACCUUAUAGGAAGGCUCAGAACCCAGAAGUCUCCAAAUGAAGGCUGCUUUUCACUCUCCCUGCCCCCCCCCUAAACUAUUUCCUGUUGUCUUCUUCCUGAGAGACUGACAGGUGCCUUGGGUGGUUGGUUACUUGCCGUGUUGGGACAGACUGGGGCUCCGAGCAAAGCAGAGAAGAUCUGGAAUGUUCAGUUGGGUUGAUCCAUUGGCCAUUAAGAAACUGGAUGGAUGUAGUUAAGUAUCCGUCAAAGAUGUAACACUUCAUGAAAACUGUGUGGCUUUUGACAUUAACUAACAAUUACAAAAACGGAUGUCUACACAGAGGCUAAACUCAAUUGAGAUUAAAGGCCCAGUACUGGUUUUAUGGCACUUGCACGUUUGAAUGUGCCCUGUGAUGCUUCAGAACAACGUAUUACUCUUCUACUUAUAGGUUGAAGCCCAAGUCAUCCUCCCAAUCCGACUGUGGCCACCACUUUUGCACCAUUUUGCAAUAUUUUAUUUUAAGUGGCUUGGCUAAUGCAGGCCUCAGGAAACCAGUCCUGACCACCCCUUGCUCUCUUUCUGGAAUAAAGAAGCAUGUCAACA